GCGCGCAUGGACCACAUGUAUCAUGGCAGCGCAACAAUAUAUAAGUGCCUUCGAGGCCGACAGAAUAUAUCGAUACGUCCUGUAACUUUUAUUUCUUUUCCUUAAACAGUUGCUAAGUCAAGCCGCUUAUUGUAUCAUCCGAGAUAGUAUCUUUGCGAGCUAUAUCAGUUGUUGGCUAUUACCUAAAGCGUAACUAUACCUAAUCUCGCUAUCCUAAUAGCUACCUAAUCUACCCAACACCGGUCAUACCUACGGUUCAAUCUUACAAAUUCACCAUGAUUUUCCUGUUCGACUCAGUUACCACUUAUCCCGGAAUCAACUACGUGGACUUUUCUGCCGUCGCUGCUUUUGGUAUAAUGGGAACCUUGUCAUUGGCAACAAUAAUCAGCUUACUCACCUCGGCUCCCAGCGGGAACGCCCGUGAGAAUGGCCCCACUGUGGGCUGAUUCCCCCCCUCGAGAUGAGGAGUCAGCGUCGCAAUCUACAUUGGUCGGAUCCCGUUUUACACCGCUUUCCGUGGCAUAGGGCGGCCGCCGUUCCUUGGUAUUCCAACUAGUCGGGGAUGUUUAAGUGAGCAUUGAGUCAAAGUAGCACUUGGUUUAUGGAAGACGGAUUGCAUAUAUAUGCUGCAUACCUAGGUAUCAUCAGAAGUACGAGUUUUUAUACGGCCUGCCGCAGAAGCUAGAAAUGGGAGGUAGAGUUGGAGGAGGUGUAAUGGCUCGCUAUAUACUAUAUAUGGAAUACAACAUCCCUUGCAGUCUUGCUCAUUAUCUAUAAGAUGGUGCUUCGUAAAUCGAAACUAAGUAUACGCCUUUCGUGGUAUAC